GGCCACCAUGGUGGCAUGCUUGCAGCCUCCUUUGUUUUGGUGGUGGAGAUUUUGGAGAAUCUGGCAUAUCUAGCCAAUGCAAGCAAUUUGGUGCUGUAUCUGAGGCAGUACAUGCACAUGUCCCCUUCAAAAUCUGCCAACAAUGUCACAAAUUUCAUGGGAACUGCUUUCCUCCUUGCCCUCCUUGGAGGUUUCUUAUCUGAUGCCUUUUUCACCACUUAUCACAUCUACCUGAUAAGCGCAGUUAUUGAAUUCCUGGGACUGAUUGUGCUAACUAUACAAGCUCGUGUACCUUCACUGAAGCCACCAGAAUGUGUCCCGUCCACCCCAUGCCAUGAAGUUAAUGGUGGAAAAGCUGCAAUGUUGUUUGGUGGACUCUAUCUGGUGGCUCUUGGAGUUGGAGGAAUUAAGGGAUCAUUGCCAGCACAUGGUGCUGAGCAAUUUGAUGAGAACACCCCAUCUGGAAGGAAACAAAGAUCAACCUUCUUCAACUACUUUGUCUUUUGCUUGUCAUGUGGUGCCCUUAUUGCAGUCACAUUUGUAGUGUGGGUUGAAGACAACAAAGGGUGGGAAUGGGGUUUUGGAAUCUCUACUAUUACCAUACUUGUAUCCAUCCCUGUGUUCUUGGCAGGUUCUGCUAGUUAUAGGAACAAGAUCCCUUCUGGAAGCCCACUUACCACCAUUUUUAAGGUACUGGUUGCUGCUUCACUCAAUAGCUGCUUCUACAGAAAUUCUAGCAGUGCUGUGGUGAACAUGACUUCAAGCCCUUCUAACCAACACUCAGGUAGAAAAGAGGCAGGGAAAGAAACCGCCAAUGCAAACAAGCAAACUGAAGCAACCCCAACAAACACACUCAAAUUUCUCAAUAAAGCAGUUGAAAACAAGCCAAUUUACUCAUCAAUGGAAUGCACCGUGGAGCAAGUAGAAGAUGUUAAAAUAGUGCUGAAAGUAAUACCCAUAUUUGCUUGCACCAUUAUGCUAAACUGCUGCCUGGCUCAACUAUCCACAUUCUCUGUGGAACAAGCUGCAACUAUGAACACCAAACUUGGUUCCUUAAAUGUUCCACCAGCCUCCUUACCAAUUUUCCCAGUGCUCUUUAUAAUGAUUCUAGCACCAAUUUAUGACCACAUCAUCAUCCCAUUUACAAGGAAAGUGACCAAAACUGAGACAGGCAUCACUCACCUCCAAAGAAUUGGCAUUGGAUUAGUCCUCUCUAUAGUCGCAAUGGCAGUGGCAGCAGUUGUUGAAGUAAAGAGAAAAAGGGUGGCCACUAACUCUGGUUUAUUAGACAAUCCAACCCAACCACUACCUAUCACAUUCUUUUGGAUUGCUUUUCAGUACUUGUUCCUUGGGUCUGCUGAUCUUUUCACUUUGGCUGGGUUGUUGGAAUUUUUCUUCACAGAAGCACCAAUUAGGAUGAGAUCUUUGGCCACAUCACUUUCAUGGGUCUCUUUGGCUAUGGGCUACUACCUAAGUUCAGCAAUUGUAUCAAUAGUAAAUAGUGUCACUGGUAACUCCUCUCACAGACCAUGGCUAGCUGGUGCUAACCUUAACCACUAUCACUUAGAGAGGUUUUACUGGCUCAUGUGUGUGCUCAGUGCAUUGAAUUUCCUACAUUACCUGUUUUGGGCUAUCAGAUACAAAUAUAGAGGAACAGGAACUACAAUUGAAUGA